AUGAUCUUAAUAUUACCCUUCUUGGUUGGCCUUGCUAAUGCAAGCAUAUUCGACUUUUUCCAAAAUCAAUUCCACACCGGUGGUCAGCAAGAACAGCAACCGGAAGACUUCGAACAGAAAAUCUUGAACAGCCAAUGUUCAAACUAUAUAUGCCCAGACACCUCUGCGUGUGUCAGCAGCCCAAACGACUGUCCAUGCGCAUUUCCUAAUUCUCAGUUAAGAUGUGUGUUACCUGACGCGAAGUACAUGUGCAUUUCGAAGCCAGCAGGCGAAGUAUCGUACCACUACGACGACCCAAACUCCAACAUGGAUGUAGACCUUCAAGAUGAUAACGUAAGAGACUGUGGAUGGGUCAAAAGAGCAUAUGCAGGUUUGGUAUAA